AUGCGGUUACGGACGCCCCAGGGGUGCGCGGACGAGAGUAGUGUCACCUUAACUCGCUGCCUCACCAUCACGGACACUAGCGCCGCGUGGGAAGCCUUACGACGGGGACACGUAUCGGAGGUCAAGGAUUUGCCCAGAAAGACGGUGAUCUUCUCCAAUAUCCAACCGGAGGUGUUGGGAGAAACAGAGGGCGGCGUGGACUGUUGUAUCCCUCGCUACAGCGAUGUGGAGAUUGUUAACGACGAUCUGUGUAGUAUAUGUGGUGUGUACACAUACGAUGACCUGUACCCAUGUCGCGUGUGUACUCGGGUGUACCACAGCAGCUGUCUCCAAGUGUAUUUCCGGUGUGACGAAGAUGGGGCGUGUUUUCGACAAGUCGACAAGGCCAUCCGUUCGGUGACAGGCUGGAGUUGCUUCAAAUGUGACGACUUAGCUAGUUUACUGACAGAAGACGACAUGUUGACUUUGACACAAGCGUUCGACCAUUGUGACACCAAUCAAGAUUCCCGUGUAACAAUGGAGGAGUACGUAAAGUACAAGAGGAAGGCUUUCAGAGAGAAGACCGGAAGUAGUCUGUCGGUUACAGAAGAGGAAGACGAGAGGUACAAGUUUGCCUUGCUAGCUGGCGGAACAGGAGCUUCCGUCACGUGGUGGACCUUCCUUAACAACGAGGCUCUCAAAAUGCUGUCGAAAAGACCAAAGCAUGAACUCGUGAAACUACUGUCAGAGAAAGAAAUCCAGAGAGCUCGGGAAACGUUUCGGUUUCUGGAUCGAGAUGACAACGGUGCAAUUUCGUACCCCGAGGCCGCCGAGGCCUUCAACAUCUGGUACCGAAACUUCUAUCAAGACAGGACUGUGACGUGGGAGGACUACCUAAUGGAUCAGACUUUGUUGUUUCUGGCCGUCCGGCCAAAUCUUACAUGUGCGGUGAGUGGAGAUUGA